AUGUUCCGCCAGGAGCAGCCGCUGGCCGAGGGCAGCUUCGCGCCCAUGGGCUCCCUGCAGCUGGACGCGGGCAACGCGAGCUGGAAUGGGACCGAGACGCCGGGGGGCGGCGCCCGGGCCACCCCUUACUCCCUGCAGGUGACGCUGACUCUGGUGUGCCUGGCCGGCCUGCUCAUGCUGCUCACGGUGUUCGGCAACGUGCUGGUCAUCAUCGCGGUGUUCACGAGCCGCGCACUUAAGGCGCCCCAGAACCUCUUUCUGGUGUCUCUGGCCUCGGCCGACAUCCUGGUGGCCACGCUAGUCAUCCCUUUCUCGCUGGCCAACGAGGUCAUGGGCUACUGGUAUUUCGGCAAGGCGUGGUGUGAGAUCUACCUGGCGCUCGACGUGCUCUUCUGCACCUCGUCCAUCGUGCACCUGUGCGCCAUCAGCCUGGAUCGCUACUGGUCCAUCACGCAAGCCAUCGAGUAUAACCUGAAGCGCACGCCGCGCCGCAUCAAGGCCAUCAUCGUCACCGUGUGGGUCAUCUCGGCCGUCAUCUCCUUCCCCCGGCGUGGGCCGGGGGCAACGGGGCCCGGCGCGUCGGCGGCGGGGCCCGGGGAGGAGCGCGGCGGGGGCGCCAAGGCGUCGCGCUGGCGCGGGCGGCAGAACCGCGAAAAGCGCUUCACGUUCGUGCUGGCCGUGGUCAUCGGCGUGUUCGUGGUGUGCUGGUUCCCCUUCUUUUUCACUUACACGCUUACGGCAGUGGGCUGCUCCGUGCCGCGCACGCUUUUCAAGUUCUUCUUCUGGUUCGGCUACUGCAACAGCUCCCUGAACCCGGUCAUCUACACCAUCUUCAACCACGACUUCCGCCGCGCCUUCAAGAAGAUCCUCUGUCGGGGGGACAGGAAACGGAUCGUGUGA